AUCGCAUAUACACUGCAAGUACGCGUCUCCGCGUUCCUCGCCCUGCUUAUGAUCCUUGAUGGAAACUCAUACCUAUACCACAUGGGCGCCCGGCGACCAACACAAUCGUCCUCAAGCCUUCAGACCUAUGCCUCCGACGUGAACUUGCAUGUGCUCUACCAGGCUUUGGCUGCCGUGCUCCAAACGUCGUGGUCGCUCAAUUUGUACGCUAUGCUGUGUGCCCGGCGCGAGCGAAGACGUGGAGGCGGCGCAAGUGCGCGGCGGCCAAACUGCCGGGAAGAGGCGCAAUCAAGUGGGCGAAUCCGCCAGAUCCGACUGGGCCGCGUAUCGCUCGGAAAUGAGCUUGGCCAGGGGCUGGACGAGGAACGCGCGGGUGUAGCCUCAGAAGGACGAGGCGAGGGGCGAUACGCAGCCUUGGCCGUCCAGAUGCACAUGAGGGACGGUGCAUGUGACACGCCAGGGCACUUGUGCCAGGAAUGA